UGUCAAGUGUGUUUUUUGAAUACUUCCCGCUGACUAACUUUUGAUUUUCCGGAAAGCUAUUUUUAUUCGACCAAUAGGACCAGAGUUUAUCUAACAAGUGUAUCACCACCUAGUGUAUCACCACCCCUCGUCUCACCACCUGCCGUCUACAACAUCAAAAGACAAAUGAACAAUAUCGAAUGCUCUCAACCCAAGUCCCAUCGGAGCGGCAAGAAAAAUGAAUUCAAAUACACAAGAGCGCUAACUCUAGCGAAGAUAAUUCAUUGAUUACCCGAGUGUAGACGCAUCGAGGAAAACCCACAAUAACUAGACCGUGGACGAAAAAUUAAAACAAGCAAAUAUCGAUGAUAUUUGCAUAAACUAUUCAGGAAUAAAUUACCAUGUGAUGUCAUUGCGCGCGAGAUAUAUUCCACAAGGUAUACGUAAGGAGGUAUACAUAACACGGUAUACAUAAGCCAGAAUAACGAUAAUAAAAUGGAGGAAGGUUCUGGAAUAUUUUUUUGGAUACUGUUGUUCUGGACCUGGGGUCAUCUUGACCCGUGCUCCGCCACAACGUCUACGUUGAUACCUAUACUCAGGUAUAUGAACAUCCACGCCCAUGGAUUACAUCCGGCUCUGAGUGAGUACAAGGCGGCUACUGCACGCGCGCGGUGUCAGGCACGGUGUUAUAAGGAGUAUGGCCUACUGAAACCUAGUGACCACUACAAACUGUUUAAACUUUACCAACCCAUAGACUGUGGAGUGGAUGUGGCCCUUUGUCAGCAGUGUUCUGAAGGUUGCAACACCCACUUCACCAACUUGUCUGAUUGCCACAACACCUGUAGUUCAGACGUGUGUACAGAAAGUUGUUUAUUUCUGAACUCUACUCUCCUGGAGGAAUCAAGGUUUGCAGGUAAAAUCAUGGCCAGCAACCUGCCCCAGCAAUGCACCAACGUGAACGUCACACACCCAGAGCUGGUCUGUUUUGAGGCUAGCGUCCGCCAUCCCAGCGAAGAUGACGUCGGUGCCUCCAUGAAGGUCAAGUGGAAUGUGCUGUCGGGGAGCGGCGAGGUCUCUAGUUGCAGGUUCGGAUUCCUGGUGGAGAUACAGAACCGCAGUCAGUCCCAGUGGAGCGUUCUGGGAAUAACCAGCUUCGCUGUGAUUGUUGUAGAGAACCUAGCGGUUGGCGGUGAGUACAGAUUUCGGAUUCACGUGCUCGACCAAAGCGGGUUCGUGAGCAAAGAGGUUGUGUCUGAUUGGAUCCGUACCCCAAAAGUAUCUGUACCACUACCCCCAGAGAACAUCACAGUGCGACAAUAUGUGGUCGGCACAGAUUUCAGGGCGGAGCUUCAAUGGGCGGUGCCUAACAAUGUUGGCUGUCAUUUCGUCGUCUCCUAUUUCUCGGGAAUCAAAAGUGUCUACCGUGCUAAGGAGCAUCGGGACAUUGUUGGGUACAAGUACGAGAUAUCCGGGCUGCUGUUUGACAGCUUCUACCACGUCAACAUCCGGACCACCGACAGGAAUCUAGAAGCUUCCAGCGGGCUCGUCAACUUGACCUUCGCCUCCCUCCAGUGUCUCAACGUCACCAACUACAACUACAGCCACUGUGCGCCCGGCCCCAUCAGAGACCUGAAGGCCCAGCUGCACGAGCCGUAUGAGAUCAACGGCUCCUACUUCACGGACAUCACCCUGACCUGGCGACCCCCCGUCCACGGGGACAGGGACAAGCAGAUUGAGAAGUACGAGGUCCGGUGGAUGAAGAACCCGUCCGUCCAAAUAGCGGACUUGGUGCCGGCAGACAGGCGCUACAACAUCGUCAAUGCGGAGAAGACAAAUUGCAGAAUCAGCAGAUUUCCUUUAAACACACACUACGUGUUUUACGUCAAAGCCAUUUCACUAGGAGGACAAGGGCUAGAAAGUCUAGUCGACAUAUGGACAGUCUUCAAGUCACCGCAAGAUACAGAGAAUUCAGAGUUGUCCCUGGCUGAACUAGUGCUGUGUGUCACCAUCAUUCCCGUGUCUCUGGCCAUCACUGGGGUGGCCCUGUGUGUCAUCUACUACAAGAGGCUGAGGAAGAAGGUCAAGCGAGUGGCCAUCAGGGACCUCAACAAGAGGCUGGGGUUCAGAGACCCAGGGUUGAGGGUCUCCAUCGGGAACUCUUUGAGGAGGGAGGAGACCAACCCCUUCUACAUCCGCACCAACUCUGCUGAGGGUGGGGACGUCCAACCCCUGCUGGCCACUGACGAGUACGAGAUCGACUUUGAGAGCCUCAAGAUUUUCACCACGCUCGGCGAGGGCGCGUUCGGGAAAGUUCUGAAGGCGGAGCUGUUGCCUACAGAGAGGAACAGUUCCCGGUUCGGAUCUGAACCCAGGACUGUGGCCGUCAAGAUGCUGAAAGAGCACGCAACACCGGAAGAGAGAAGAUUUCUUCUGCUGGAGAUUAGCGCCAUGAAACAACUGGGUCACCACCCCCACAUCGUCACCAUUCUGGCCUGCGUGACCACGAUCAAUACGCCUUGUCUCAUCAUGGAUUAUUGCCCUUUAGGCGACCUGAGAAACUAUUUAAGGCAACAUCGCAUUCAGGUCAGGUACAUACCCGACACCUCUUUGAUCACCGCCUCAACCCCUGCACGGGCCAUUGCGCCCCUCGACCACAAAGAUGCAAGUCAAUUUGACCAUUCUAGCGUCAUAUCACAGACGACCUUGCUGUCCUACGCCAGACAAAUAGCGCUGGGCAUGGAAUAUCUGCACCAGAACCGGUUCAUCCACCGUGACCUGGCGUGCCGGAACAUCCUCGUCUCGUCGCACACGACCGUUAAGAUAUCGGACUUCGGUCUAUCGCGAGACGUGUACGAGACCAACGCCUACCAGCCCACCUCGGCCAGGAAGCUGCCCUUCAAGUGGAUGCCGAUCGAGUCCAUCUUUGAUCAGAUCUUCACCAUCAAGAGCGAUGUAUGGUCGUAUGGCAUUCUGCUGUGGGAGAUCGUCACCAUGGGAGGCUGCCCCUACCCCGGGGUGCCCAACAACGACCUCUUCCGUCUGCUGAGCGAGGGCUACAGGCUGGAACGGCCGGUCAACUGCUCCCUGGACAUCUACAAGAUCAUGCUAAGCUGCUGGCACCCCCGACUGGACGACCGACCCACCUUCACCCAGCUGAAGCUCAAGAUCGAAUCCCUGCUGGAGGCGACCUGCUCCUACAUUGACCUGGCUGUCGAGGUCAGCUCUGAUUACUACACCAACGACAGCAGCGAUGACAGGAAUAAUGAACGAAAGGAAAGAGAAAAGUCCCCAGACCCAAGUGCAGAAAACUACUUUUUGGAACUUCCGUUCGCGAAUAAAUCUUCCCUAGAUCUGUCGGACUCAGCUUCGAGAUCACGUGACUCUAUUCGACCAAUGAGGCGGUACCCGUCGUCUAAGCUCCACGACAGCUUCGCCAUGGUGUGUGCCCACUACCCCGUCUCCAAGGGUCCUUACGUUGUCGACACUAACGGCCCCGUGCCUGGGCUAUCCGAGGAACUGCUCCAGACAAGUUUGUCGUCUCCGGGAACAUGUUCCAGCCUGGGACGGGAUACAUCAACAGGAACUUGUUCCAGUCAGGGCAGAGAUACAUCAACAGGAACAUAUUCGAGUCAGACACGGGAUACAUCAGCGGGAACAUGUUCCAGCAAGGGACGGAAUUCACGCUCCACCGAAUUCCAUGACACGACCAAACAAGACUUCACAGAAAACAUGGAAAUCAGCCCCGACGACACGCCUACAGCCGGCUCCGUCACAAUCCCGGGGGUCAACCUUCAUGCCACGCCCCCAACACAAGACUCAGAAAUCAACCUGCGUGUCAACAUGGACAACAGGCCCACACCACGCUCAGACACAAACCUGCGUGUCAACAUUCUGAAGUUUGACUCUCUCAGGGAGCUAUGCUCACGACAUACGUUAGGGAACAGCCUGAACGCCAAUCACCAUUCGGGGCUGGGCAAUGGUCUCAACUUCAAGCACCACUCUGCCAGAAACUUAGACACCUCCAGACAAAAGGUGGAUUUAUUCGGCCUGCAGUGCGUCUUUACUGCUAAAUCUGAUUUAACGCUUUUAGUGAGUGACCGAUCUAAUGAAAAGGGGGCUUAUUGAAAGCCAGCCAUAUUUACAAAGUACAUUAUGCAAUUUAACAUGGUGCUAGAUGGAUGACAGAUUGCUAAAAAACUGUGCCAAUAUCUCUGAAGCUUGUUGAAAUAACUCACAAUAUUUCACUUGCUUGAACAUGGAGAUUAAUUAAUUAAUUAGCAGUGACAAGGUACCCAGUAUAAAAAACAGGGCGUGGGAAUAGACGUUAACCAUUGUCCAUUUCUUGGCUCUGAUUAAUUAAAAGAUGUUAACCAUUGUCCAUUUCUUGGCUGUGAUUAAUAAAAGAAGACAUUCUGGAUACACAGGUUACUUCUUGAUGGAAUUCUUUUUAACAUUCGGGCAAUUAUCAGUUCGGGCAAAAGUCCUUUCGGGAAAAACGCUUUCGGACAAACAUUUGGACAAACUCCCAUUCGGUUAAACGCCCAAGAAAACCAGCAUUCAGAAAAAUAUCCAUUCUGUAUGAGCAAACGCCUAUUUGAGCAAAAGUCCAUUCGCGUUGAUUUGGGCAAAAGCUCAUUCGGCCAAACGGCAUUCGAAACAAGUGUCUUUCGAUCAUUUACAGUAGACGUUCAUACUUGAAUAUGAUUGGAUUAUGUGUGACUUCUGUUGGUGGAUUUUAAGAAAAAAAUGGCUUCUACAUUGAAAGGUAAAAGUGGAAAUUGGACUUUAAGCUAAACAUAACAAAACGACGCGGCCAUCUUGAAUGGCUGACGUCACUCACGUAGCAACCAGAAGCUUCACGAUGACGUUACAUUGAUGGGUAUUUUAUUGCUUUACAGAUAUGCAUGUGGUCAACCAUUCAGUUUGUU